UGCUGGCACUGCUGGUGGUGGUGAGGGCAGUGUCCUGGUGUGGCUGAGCAUUGGCAUCUGCAGCCUGGGAGCUCCUGGGAGCUCAGGGCAGAGCCCCCUGAGCCAGCUUGGCAUUGCAGCUGAGCAGGGACACAGGGAACACAGAGCGUGCCCACGGAGUGCUCAGAGCAGGAAGGAUCAGCCAUGGCUGCAGGAAUCCUCGAGAUGUACCUGCUGCUGAUGGCCAUUGUCAGCAUGAACCAGCCCUCUGGAAAGAAUGGAAUUACUCCUGAGGAGGAGAAAGAAAUCGUGCAGAGGAUGAAGGAGCGGGAGGUGACCCUUCGGCAGCACCAGCUGUGCCUGGAGCAGGAGAUUGCAGAGCUGGAAGCCAGGCAGGAGUCUCUGGAGCGGCCUCUGUGGGACCUGGAGACAAAGAUCCCAGGGCACACCUGCACAGUGACGUGCUUGGUUGUCCCUGUGGUGCUCAUGGUCUGGAGUCACCUCGGGAAUGGAGCCCCAGGGGAGCACAGGGAAGAAGAGCCCAACCUGGGGCUCCUGGGCAAAGCCUGGAGAGGAGUGGCCUUCCUGAAAAAGCCCUUUGUGCUGCUCAGGGCCAUUCCCGUCCCCGUGGGAUUUUUAGAAAUAUUGUAUUGAUUGUUAGAAACACUGUCAGUAUAGAUGACUAGAAAUACUGAACUGAUUGUUAGAAAUAGGGUCUGCAUUGAUUGUUGUAGUCUGAGCCGAUUGUUAGAAAUAGUCUUUGCACUGACUUUUAGAAAUACUGUAUUGAUUCUUAUAAAUACUGUCUGUAUUGAUUGUUAGAAAUAUUGUAUUGAUUCCUAGAAAUACUCUUUGUAUUGAUUUUUUGAAAAAUACUGUAUUUAUUGUUCGAAAUACUAUUGCUAAGUGACUAUUAGAAAUGCUGUAUGCUGAUUGCUAGAAAUACUGUCUGUAUUCACAGCUAAAAAUAGUUUCUGUAAUGAUUAUUAAAAAUACUCUCUGUAUUCAAAAGAAUACAGAAUACAGAGUCAAAAGAAAAAUUAUCCCUAAAAUGACUAAAGAAAUGCAAAGUAAAGAACUCCUUAACUGAAUCCUGUUGCCAUCUGCUUGUUUUUUGGUUUUAGUUUUUUUUUCUUCCAUUAAGAAGUUCACACUAAACUUUUAUUUUAAUCUUUCUGCUAACUAGUCAACCACUGUACAUUUUAGAAAAUGCAUUUUUCUAAUUAUUAGAAUUAGCUAUCGUUAUGAAGAAUACUAAAAAUCCAGCUGAUUUGAUUUAGAUCAAUAUUCAGAUGAAUUAAUUUGCAAUUAAGACUAGAUCAGUAACAAUAACCUUCAGUCCAAUCUGCUGUCUAAUGAUGUUAUUGAGAUUUUGAACAACUUUUAAUAAAGAAAUCUUUUGGA